AUGAAGGAGCCAGCCAGCGCUGUCAAUCGCCUCGCUUGGUGGAUAGAUCGUGAGAUUGGGCACUCGGAGGAUUUCGAGACAUUGGCUUAUAUGGGUGCUACGGACAUUCGUUUUGGCACUUUCUUCUUUGCUGCGAUCAAGUGCGAUUACAAGUUCUUGGUGCCUUCAGCAAGAAAUUCGGUAUCUGGCAACGUUUCUCUCCUGAGGGCAUGCUAUUGCACCAAAGUUUUUGUUACGGCGGAUAUGGCCAAGAAAUUUCCCGACUUGGAGAAGAACAUACCUGACUUGCGGAACUUCUUUCUUGUGUCGCUCGAUGACCUGUUGACCGGAACAUCAGCACACGACCCCUACGACAAAACACAUGCGGAAGGUGUUAAAGAUCCAGUCCUCAUCUGCCAUACGUCCGGUUCCACAGGUGCGCCCAAGCCGAUUAUACUUCCUAAUGGAGCAUUCAACGUUAUCGACAACCAGCACAGGCUCUCAAAGCUGGAGGGCCGGAAGAACAUGGACUAUUCCUUGUUUGAUCUACAAGGAAAAGGGUUCAUAAACACGUUUCCGGGCUUCCAUGUUGGUGGAAUUGUUGCCAUGACCGCACUUCCAAUCUGGUACGAUUCUCUUGUCGUAAUGGUGCCUUCGAAUAGGCCCGCAAAUGGAGAGAUAAUGGGUCAGAUCAUGUCUCAAAUGCCGAUUCGUGGGGUUUUCAAAACCCCAACAGUGCUCGAAGAACUACUGGACACACCUGAAGGCCUUAAGCAGAUUCUCCAGACGGACUUUGUCAUGGAGACCUCUAGCCCCUCUCGCGGGCGACCGUAUUAG